UGCAUAAGGACGUCGACAAAUCGGUAGCAUGUUUGCGGAACUCUCAUUGGUCAUCUUCCUCAUCAAUUGGGGAACGGCAAGCACCACGAACUACUAUCAUAACAAUGGGCCAAGUGCCUUUCAUCCAUCGGAUACUCAACAUUACGGAGUGAAAGCCUACCCAGAUGGCAACCGAGACGCCGGAUACGACUCUGGCUACGCACCUGCUCAGGAGCACCACCACCAGGCGCAGGAGACGGCGACACCGGUGGAGCUACCUCCCCUGAACGGCGUGUCAUUUGUUCAACCUACCGGCUUCGAGUUCGACCAGAAGGUCACACACUUUGGUCAGGAGGGCCUAAAAACUCAGGCUGCACACGGCCAACGGGUCUACGCGGCUCCAGCAGAGCACGGAGGCUACGUCGAACAACAACGUGACGGGUACGGUGGUUCCGAACGGCAACACGAUCGUUACGCUCCUGGUGACCAUUACCAUGGUGGGGAAUCUGAUGGUUACGCUCCUUCAAGCAGCAAUAGGUACGAGACGAUGAUCGAAGUGCCCGAAUGGGAACUUCUGCUUCCUGAAGCAUCCGGCACGCACUACAGCUACGGCAGCGAAGAGGCCCCCAAGAGCUACAACACAGAAAGGUCAUUCGCUUACGAGAAGAUCUACCCGGAACGGUCCUACAGUCACAACCACGCAGUCUCUUACAACAAGGACUACGGGGACCACAAGCCGAGCGGCUACGGUUCGGCCUCAUCUUAUGGACCGUCGUCAUCCUCUCACGGGGACUCGUCCUCCUACGGACCGUCGUACGACGAGCACUACGGGCCAUCGUCGUCUGCGCAGGAACCGUCGUACGGACCAUCGUAUUCGGGCGGAAGACCGUACGACGGACAAUCUUCGGAGAGUCAGGGAGAGCCCCGCGUCAGGAGUUACGUGUACAGAGAUCCUUACGACAAAAGCACGACAAAAGUCGUCGAGAUGCGUCGUGGUUCCCCCGAGCCUUCCGCGGGAACGAAAGGUGGGGAGACUAGCAACAUGGGCAGACAUGUCCAGGACAUUAUGAGGCAGGCUAGAGGUAGUUACUACUAGCGUGUUCUAAAGUUGCAGUAAACGUGGGUGGAAAUUUUGUAACGUAUAAAAUGGCGAAAAGGGCUACAGCUGGUGGAAAGGGGGUGAGCCUGAGCUUGGGCACACACACUGAGCAAUAGACCUCUACCCGAGAAACGUCAUCAUGACGUUGGUAGACAGACUGAAACCGAAAGAAAUCGGAAGGGGAGGGCUGGGUUCCACGAAUGGGUACUUGUUCGCUGCCUCCUAUUGAAAGAAAAGUAGGAACGAAGGUCCCGUUCCUUUCAGGGACCAUCGUAAUCCCCUCAAGACCGUGGAUUUCGGGCGCGACCUUGUUCGCCCCUCUAGGGCUUCGAGCGUAGUUCAACUCUACCAAAUUGGUGGCGCUGUCGAACACUAUGACGUCAUUUGUUUACAAACACGGAGAGGUCUAUUGAGUUCCUCGUCUAAGUUUAGUUUCUCAGUGUGUGUCCAAGCUCAGGCUUUCCCCCCUUAUGGAAAUUUUGUAAACUCUUUGAAGAAAUAAUUUACUUUCUGCUUCUGGUGACUGCGCACGUUCCUAUACUUCUCUUUGGUGUUUCUUGUUGGGAAUGGGUGAUAAUUUUGCUACCUUCUGCAUUGUUCCGUAUUUAUUUAUUUAUUGCUUGUGGUGGGUUUGUGGUAGUUGUGUAAUGGAUUCCGCACGUUUACCACACUGUCCUGUUGAUGAAAUGCAGAGAUUUGUUCGAAAUAUUUCCAAAACGUGAUGACAUUAUAUUAUUGAAGUCAAGCAACUCAGGGAAAAGUUGCAGAAUUGCUUGAUUUCGUUAAUUUCUGGACGCUGGAGGCUUACAUGCUUGACAUUAUACUAGUUCCUCUCAAGAAUGGUGUAGUUUCAUGCAUUUACAAGAUGUGGAUUUAAUGUUCAUGUUGAUUGUCAAACGUUCAACAGUACAUUUUAUAUGUCAGGGAUACUAAAAAAAUCCUGCAUGUGAUUAUCGUUGCAUGUAUUACACUGCAAAGUGGCUCACCACAGAGCAGAGUAAGUUCCCUGUCAACUUCAUUGAGAAUAAAACAUCUGCAUAAC